AUGAAAAUCCUCGUCGCUCUUGUCGCAUGCGCCUUGGCCAUGUGCCAUGCCAAUGUCGCCGCGAACGACGCCAGCCCCAAAAUGGUGGCCAUCGACACCGCUUCCACCGACGUUGGCUUUGCCCGCGUCUUGAUGGCGGCCUCGUCGGAAGCUGCCGCCAGCAAGAAGGACGACGACGAUGACGAUGAUGAUGACGAUGAUGACGAUGAUGACGAUGAUGACGAUGUCAUUGAUCCUAUGGUCGAAGAAGACGAUUACGAAGAUAUCGACAUUGGCGGGGAGCGCCGGCUUGCGUCUGCUGAAGUUGAAGCGGUCGGAGUCGUACAGACUGCCGAGUCUGUCCAAGCGGAAGCUUCCAUGAAGGAUGACGACGAUGAUGACGAUGAUGACGAUGACGAUGAUGACGAUGAUGAUGAUGACGAUGACGACGAUGACGACGAUGAUGACGAUGAUGACGAUGAUGACGAUGAUGACGAUGAUGACGAUGAUGACGAUGAUGGCGAUGGAAUCGAAUCGGAUGCGUUCAACAAGUCUGAGCGCGAGACGUUUCGAUUGAACUCUGGGGACGAGUGGAUGGGCAAGGAUGCGGAAGCAUUGGCAAAGCAAACGGGCGAGGACAUCCAAGCCGACGGCGACUUCUAAAUGGGGCACCCGUCAUUGUAUCUAGAACAGAGUCGCUUGUAUUUUUUGCUCCACUAACGUUCGUACUAAUAUCAUCGCGUUACGUGGUUCGAA